GUGGGAGCCAGAUGUGGCAGUGCUGCUGCCGCCAACAGUGAGACUGAGAACCCAUGAGCCGAGUGCUGGGGACACCGCCUCCAUCUCCGCCUUCCUCACAGCGCUCCAAGAUACCUUCUUGCCUACGGAUCCUCCCCUCUCAGCUCCUGCAAGCGCUCACCUCAUCGUCUGCUGAUCCUCUUUCGCCGCAGGUUCACAGCGGAGGCAGCGCGGCAAGGUGUCCCAUUUGGGCACGUGAGGCCCGUGAUCCCCGGACGUGGGGAGGUGGGCACUGGACUAGAAAACCGGAGGAUUGGGGUUGCCCCUUUCCUCCUCCUGCAGGCAUGAAGACCCUUCACAAAAAGGCAGCUGCAGAUCAGCAAACCAGGGAAACUGAUGAUCACCACAUUGGAUCUGCAAAUAUGAGGAAGAAAAAGACCUGUCAAAAGAAGCAGAGGGGCAGACCUUCAUCCCAGCUCCGAAGGAACAUAGUGGGCAGCAGAAUUUCACAUGGAUGGAAAGAAGGCAAUGAGCCCAUCACGCAGUGGAAAGGAACCGUUCUGGAUCAGGUGCCUAUCAAUCCCUCUCUUUACCUGGUCAAAUAUGAUGGAAUUGACUGUGUCUAUGGACUGGAACUUCACAGAGAUGAAAGGAUUUUAAAGCUUAAAAUCCUUCCUGAUAAGGUGCCAUGUUCUCGAGUCACAGAUGUGUGCCUUGCAAAUACCAUAAUUGGGAAAGCUGUGGAACAUAUGUUUGAGGGUGAGCAUGGUUCCAAAGAUGAAUGGAGGGGAAUGGUCUUAGCCCAAGCACCUAUCAUGAAAGCCUGGUUUUAUAUUACCUAUGAGAAGGAUCCUGUCUUAUACAUGUACCAGCUUCUAGAUGAUUACAGAGAAGGAGACCUCCGUAUCAUGCCAGAGUCCAGUGAGUCUCCUCCAACAGAGAGGGAGCCAGAAGGAGUUAUAGAUGGCCUCAUAGGUAAACAUGUGGAAUAUACCAAAGAAGAUGGCUCCAAAAGGACAGGCAAGGUCAUUCACCAAGUGGAAGCCAAACCCUCUGUGUAUUUCAUCAAGUUUGAUGAUGAUUUCCAUAUCUAUGUCUAUGAUUUGGUGAAAAAGUCCUAACUGUUAGGGUAAACUUUGCCACAUUUGUGAGAAUAAAUGUAUACUUUGUAGAUGUGCAAAAUAAUGUUGCUUUUCAGUGUAUUGAAAGCUUAAGGGUCCCUGUUAAUUCAACAUCUUUGCCAGCAUAACUGUUGUUUUGUUUUGAAAAAUACAAAUUUAUGUGGACAUGACAUGCUGUGUGUAAGGACUUUGUCAUGUUGAAAAGAUUGGGUGUGUUUGGUGGAUGGGGCAUGAAAGGAAGGGACAGCUGUAAAUGCAGGCUGUGAAUAAAGUUCAGCUAGUAUCAUAAUCAGUCAUCUAAAAAUGGAAUAGGACUUAGCUGGUCUGGUCUAGAGAGGGGGGAGGAGAAGGAACUAGA